CCCCAACGGCCGCCCCCGCCUCCCGCCCCAACGUUCCGCCUCCGUUGCCCCUAGCGGCUGUUUGUUGACUUCCGGGAACGCGGCAGUUGCCGAUGUCCGGGGUGUCGCUAUGGGGACCCGGGGGGCUUCCGCAGCCCGCGUCGGGGCUGAGAAGCUGCCAUAGACCCCGUGGAGUCGCCCCCGCCACCUUCCCGGUUCGGGCACAGGCUUCCCGCACCGCCUUCGGCAUGGGGGAAUCCGAGGAGGUGGUACCCGAUUCAGGUGCUGUGUUUACUUUUGGAAAAACUAGAUUUGCCGAAAACACUCCCAGCAAAUUCUGGUUUAAAAAUGAUAUACCUACAGUUCUUUCCUGUGGAGAUGAACAUACUGCAGUUGUUACAGGAAAUAAUAAACUUUACAUGUUUGGCAGUAACAACUGGGGCCAGUUAGGAUUAGGAUCGAAGUCAACUGUUGGCAAGCCAACGUGUGUCAAAGCUUUAAAACCUGAAAAAGUGAAAUUCGCUGCCUGUGGAAGGAACCACACCCUAGUCUCAACAGAAGGAGGCAAAGUGUAUGCAGCUGGAGGAAAUAAUGAAGGACAGCUGGGACUUGGUGACACCGAAGAGAGAAACACUUUUCAUCUAAUUAGUUUUUUUACUUCCCAGUAUAAGAUUAAACAGCUCUCUGCUGGAUCGAACACUUCAGCUGCGCUAACUGAGGAUGGCGAGCUUUUUAUGUGGGGUGACAAUUCUGAAGGGCAAAUUGGUUUAAAAGAUGUAACUAAUGUGUGUGUCCCUCAGCAAGUGACCGUUGGGAAGCCUAUUUCCUGGAUCUCUUGUGGAUAUUACCAUUCAGCUUUUGUAACAACGGAGGGAGAACUGUACACGUUUGGAGAACCAGAGAGUGGGAAGUUAGGUCUUCCCAAUCAGCUGCUUUGCAACCACAGGAUGCCCCAGCCGGUGCCUGGAAUUCCCGAGAAGGUGGUCCAGGUAGCUUGUGGUGGAGGGCACACGGUGGUUCUCACAGAGAAAGCCGUGUAUACCUUUGGGCUGGGACAGUUCGGUCAGCUGGGUCUUGGUACUUUUCUUUUCGAAACUUCAGUACCCAAAGUCAUUGAGCAUAUUAAGGAUCAGAAAAUAAGUUCUAUUUCCUGUGGAGAAAAUCACACAGCUCUGAUAACAGAUAUAGGUCUUAUGUAUACUUUUGGAGAUGGUCGAUACGGAAAAUUAGGUCUUGGACUGGAGAACUUUACCAAUCAGUUCAUUCCCACUUUGUGCUCUCAUUUUUUGAGAUUUAUAGCUCAAUUGGUGUCUUGUGGUGGAUGUCACAUGCUAGUUUUUGCCGUUCCGAGACUUGGUGGGACAGAAGAAAUUGAGUUAGAGGAAGUUAAGGAUGCUUGCUUCCAUGCAGAGGCUUCUCUGCCCCUCAGCAAUCUGAACUCAGGGAAUGUUUUGCAAACAACUCUAUCAGCACGUGUGCGGCGACGAGAGAGGGAGAAAUCGCCCGACUCUUUUCGAAUAACACAAACACUACCUCCACUUGAAGGGAUUCCUGUGCCACCUGUUUGCUUUUCCCCCGUUCCUUUUCCUUUCCAUAUGUCUGCAAUUAACCUGCCAGAGACCAUGAUACCUGAAGAUGAGGACCUCAUGCAGCCAAUGGAACCAGAUUAUUUUCAAGAUAAAAUGACCACAGAGAAAGAGACAGACAUUUCUUCAGCAACAGAUUCAGAAAGCCUUGGAGAAACUACUGAUGUCUUAAAUAUGACACAUAUGAUGAGCCUGAAUUCCAAUGAAAAGUCAUUAAAAUUAUCACCAGUUCAAAAACAAAAGAAACAAGAAACAGUCGAGAAACUGGAGCAGCAUACAGCUCACUUUGAAAAUGAUGGUAGUAAAGAGCGUGCAAGUGAAGAGACGUCCAGAACGGUGAAAGAGGGGAAAGUAUAUAGACAGCUGGUGGCAAAGGGAACGUACAUGCUGCCAUUACCUGGGACUGGGCGCGCGUUUUCAUAUGAGGACUUAGGUGAGGAGUGGGGCCAGCCGGGGCCUCAGGCUGACACCCAUGCCGAGGGUGUGCGCAAAGAGAUAUUUAGAUGUGAGAGCAAACACGGUAUUUACCCACCUGAUGGCAGAGAGAUAGAACGGAAAAGUGAUGGAGGCAAAAGUCUGAAGGACUCAGAAACGGAAGAAGCAGUGUCUGAGAGAGGAGCUGAGCUGCCGGAAAUGGCAGGUCUGAAGGAUAUGAGACAAAGUGAAGAGAGUUUAAGAAAUAUGAAUAUGUUCUUUGACGACUUACCAAAUAGAGAUGUGGAUAUUGAGGAUGAAGAGAGUAAACGCUUUUUUAAGGACGUUAAGAGGAACACGCAAAAUGUGAUCUUUGACAGUGAAAGAGAAUCUAUAGAGUCAGACAGUUACAUGGAAGGAGAAAGUGAAAGUCAGCAAGGUACCACUGAUGGCUCUGAGCAGCUCGAGUCAGUAGAAUUUAGUGGCGGAGAGAGAGAGGAUGAUGAAGUGGAAACUGACCAAAACUUGUGGUAUAGCAGGAAAUUUAUUCAACAAAGACAUGAGGAAGAGACUGAACACAGAAUGUCCACAUUCAUCGCAAAAUAUAAUUUUAACUUUGGGCACUUGUCAGAGAUCCCAGAGGAGCAGGAAGGCACAGAGGAGUCAGAAGGAAGUGAAAUAGAGCAGCAAGAGGUAGAUGCAAAUGAGGAAAAUGUGGAGGUGCCCGAAGGAAAAGAGGAGAAGGAAAUAGAGAUCCUGUCAGACGACCUUACAGACAGAACUGAGGUGAGUGAGGGCAAGGGAAAGCCAGGGGGAGAGGUGGAGGAGGAUGUGCCUGAAGCUGGAGGUGAGGGGGGAGUCCAGCGGGAGGGAAAUUCUGGAGUGGAACAGAGUCAGAGUGAGGAGGGGGAAGAGGAGGAAGACGAGGGAAGAGGAGAAACAGAGAGCCUGGAUAAGGGAGAGAAAGACCUAGAAGAGGAGGAGGACCAGGACCAAAGGGAGAGGGAACAAGACCAUAAAGGGACAGGGGAAGGGGAGGGGCAAAGAGAUGAAAAGGAAGGGGAGGGGAGAGAAGGGGAAGAAGACAGGGAAGAGGAAGAAGAGAAAGAAGGCAAGGAGGAGGGAGAAAGGAAAGAGGAAGAAGCUCAAGAGGAAGGACAGGGAGAAGGGGAAGAAGAAGAGGAGGAGGAGGAAGGGGAAGGAGAGGGAGAAGCAGAGAAAGGAGAGGAGGAAGCAGAGGGGGAAGGGAAGGAAGGAGAAGGGGAAGGAGAGGGAGAAGCAGAGAAAGAAGAGGAAGAAGGGGUGGAGGAAGAGGGGGAAGGGGAAGAGGAAGGGGAGGAGGUUGGAGAGGAGGAAGGAGAAGAUGAAGGACAGAAAAGAGAAAGUGAAGGGGAAGAAGAAGAGGGAGAAGUGGAGGAAGGAGAGGGAGAAGGGGAGGAAGAAGAAGUGGGGGAAGCAGGGGAGGAAGGAGAGGAGGAGGGGGAAGAGGAUGAAGGAGAGGGGGGAGAGGAGGAAGAAGAGGGGGGAGAGGAGGAAGGAGACGGGGAGGGGGAGGAAGGAGAGGGGGAAGGGGAGGAGGGGGAGGAAGGAGAGGGGGAAGGGGAGGAAGGAGAGGGGGAAGGGGAGGAAGGAGAGGGGGAAGGGGAGGAAGGAGAGGGGGAAGGGGAGGAAGGAGAGGGGGAAGGGGAGGAGGAAGAGAAGAAAGGCGAGGGGGAAGAAGAGGUGGGGGAGGAAGAGGAAGAAAGAGGGGGGGAAGGGGAGGGGGACAAGGAAGAGGAAGAAGGGGAGGAGGAAGGAGAGGGGGAGGAAGCAGAAUGGGGAGUGAGGGAGAGGGAAGACAAAGAGGACGAUGAGGAAGAAGAAGGGAAAUACAAGGAGAUAGGAGAUGAAGAGAGGGAAAAGCAGGAAAGGCAGGGUGAAGGAAGAGAGUCCAACAAAGUGAGCAAAAUCAAAGGGUCUGUGAGAUAUGACAAAAAUAAGGCAUACCCCAAAAAGUUUACUACUAACACAGAGGGAAAGGGGAAAGAGCACAAGGUACAGAGGUUCAAAAUGCCAGUGCAGUCAAAACAAGUUUUAGAAAAUGGGCCACCAGGUUCCGAAAAAUUCUGGAACAAUGUAUUGCCACAUUAUUUAGAAUUGAAGUGACAAGCUUUAAAUUUGACCUGAUAUUGUCCAGCCAAAGAAUUUGAACAUUUUACACGUAAUAGGCACUCAGUACAUUGUAUUAAAUUGAUUUUAUGUCAUGGUCACUUUAUGUGUGGUACAGUAACAACUGAUAAGACAGCACAAAGCACUGGUAAAUUUGGCUCCUCUUAAGCCAAUAUUUUGGUAUAUUUUCCCUCUAAAUUAUAAAUCUAUCACUAGAAAAUGGUCAUAGCAGAUAGUUAACAUUAUAUAUUCCUCAUUAAGGGCAGAGUUAGAAAAUCGGAGUAUACUAUAGGAGUAUUGCGUUUGUAUAUACAAACUGGCCCCUUUAAAGAUGGCACAGAUCCUUAAGGGCUAUGAAAACAUCUCAUUUCUUACACAUUUCUUUCAGUCUCUGAUUACAAGUUGCCUAUACAUAGAAUAAUUUUAUAAGAUUUUCUGAAGAUUUUUUAGGGCUUUCUAAAGCGAAAAUGGAAGAUUCACAUUUUUAAAAAGUAGUGCUGUCUUUUUACCUUUUAUGUGUCCUUUUUGCAACAGUUUACCAAGUGACAGCUGGAUUCAGGGCUCAGGUUGUAAUGUGAUGUCUUUCAGUUACUGUCUGGGCAACUGGCAGUGUAUCUCAUGAAAUGGAGAUGAACUUAAGCAUCUAUUCUGGAAGUAUGUACAACUUUUAAGUAUUUAUUGCCCAGGCAGAGCUCCCCACUGGGCUUCGGUUUCCUCAUGUGUAAAAUGGAGUAGAUUGGAUGAUAGAACUCCAAUCCCUUUUAACUCUCAGACUCUUUCAGUCUAACAGGCUGAUUUACUCCCAUCAUGUUUGUUAUUUGCAGAAGAGGUUUUUAAGGAAGAAAAAUUAUACUUUAAAAUUAAUUGAGUUUCUAUAAAAUAUUGUUCUUGACUCUUACAAACUUAGGACGGCUUUAAUGUCUCUUCUGUCAUUCUGUAUUUCUAAACUAUAACUUCUGAGCUUUAACUGUACUGUCAGAAUCUUCAUUCCCAGUGUCUAUGAUGUACCCUCAACCUGUUUUUCGCUGACUGUUCUGUAAUUCUCAGUUUAUUGCUUGUCAGAAUGUUUCAAGUAAAAUAAACAUUAAGUGUAUUCCAUCAGUAAUUGUUUGUGGAAAGAGAAACUAACAUCAUGUAUUGAAUUUUAGAGAGGCUGGAUUUCUAUUAGUGUAAAUUCAAUCUUCCCUUACAAUGUUCAGUUCGUGUAAUGCAGCCAGAUCGUUCUUUAUUCAUAGCUCCAUUUUCAAUGGAUUCACUGCUCCAGUCCCUUCCAUAUCUUGGGCAUUAGGGAUUUCUUAUACUUUCUUUUAUCAAGGAAGAUCUUGAUGGUAAACUUCCUGUGAAUUUUGUGUAAUGUGAUCCUCUGUGCAUUUGAUUCUCCGUGAGCAAGAAUCUGGGGAGAGAGACUAGAAUACGAAGAGAAGAAACUCCUAGGAGCAAUUGUAGAUUUUGUUUUAGCUGCAGGGAUACGUGGUUGCUGCCCCUAACUAACCAAAUAUGCUAAUCUGGCAUUGCAGGGUUCUACCAAAUUCUACCACAGUCAGUAAGUGCCAGUGGGGUAGAGUCGGUACUUUGACAAAGUGUAUGUGCUGUGUUGUCAAUUCAAGGGCCUACCAUGGUUAUUGAAAAGUCGACUUAAGAUGAUUAAGUGAGAUGGAUGAUUGAAGAGGAGUUCAUAAAGGAAAAGCCUUCAGGGAGAAAAGAAACUCUUGCACUCAAGUUACUAAUGUAAAAGGUGUGGACAUUCUUCUUGCACCAAAGACGUCAUCAGCCAGCAAUGCUGAAAUGGAGUUCUUACCACGUGCCCAUCUCAGUAUUGGAACUGGUCUAGAGAGCCGCUUUUAAACAGCAUUUCCUGCCCAUUUCUUCACAUUGCCCUGGCCAAAAACACGUUCUGUGCUCUUUUAGGAAGGGUAGCUCGUGCAGGCACGGUGUUCUGGUCAGAAGAGCACAGGCCUAGUCAUUUUGAGAUGUGAGUUAGUACUUGGUUAAAUAGCUUGGAAUAAUCGGUUCCAUUCCUUGUCAUCCCCAUCUGCUGGUUGAUCAAGCUUUUCUUGUCAUUUAUCACUGAUCAUUACUGAGGCCAGUGUGAGUUGUGUGUGUAGAGUCCAUUGAGUUACAGUUCCAGGUGAGGACGCUGGCAGAAAAAUAGUUUAAGGUAAGUUAUGAAGGAGUACCACAGAAACAUCUGCUGCCGCUGAAUAGCAGCUCUUGAGGUGAGUGCAAUGAAAUGUCUUCUGUUACUUCAUUAUAGAGGUAAACUUGCUCUUCACGUAUAUAAAGAUAAAAGACUGCCGUAAAGGAAGGCACUUUGAUUCCUCCUUCCUUCAUUCCUUCUGUUGUGCCUGACAUAUGGCUUCAUACUUGGUGCCUAUGAUUCACUCAACCAAUAAGCGUGUACCUAAGCACCAAAAAGGGAACAGAAGCUUUCCAAAAUCAGGUAGAUCUCCAGAAAUGAGGGCUGCUUGUAGUCCAACUCCUGUGGCCUUUUUACCUGUCAGGGACAUUAGGUAGGUACAGAUUGCUUGAAAGAACACCAGGUAAAAGGAGUUCCUCGGGCUCUGCCUCUAACUGUGGCUUAACAGUGCCCUUGUGUUUCCCAAUACCCCCGUGUUCUUAGCUAGGACUACCCAAACAGAAAAAUAGGAUCUGAAAACAAAUCUGUGGCUUUCUAGGCUGAUGGGAGCCAUGAGCGUGUUUCAGUGUGACUGCAGCCUAGAAUAUCUUUUGGUCCUGGAUAAGGAGGCAAAGGGCCUUAUGUGUUUAUAAAAGUUGUUAAACAGCAAGAGUAAGUUGAUCACAUUUGGCCUUUUGCAACAUUCUGGCAGCAGUAUGGAGGGUGGGUUGGAGAGGAAGAGGACCAGAGCUAGGGAUGGCAAUUAGGCUGCUCUAGGGGACCAGACAGAGACAGAAGAGGGGCUGAACUAGAACAGUGUGGACAGAGUCGGGGACAUGUGUUAUCAAGAGAACUUCAGGGAUAGAAUUGGAGGGCUUAGUAAAGAGAUGUAAGUUGGAGGGAGGGAAAAGGCCAAGCUUUUCUUGUUUCUGUUUGAAGAACUGGGUAGGAAGUGUGCCAUUCACCAAGGCUGAGCACAGAGGAGUAGGGGUAGAUUCAGGAGCCUGCUGGGCCCUGUUCAUCCAGGAGGUGUCCAGCGGACAGAUACACGUCUGGGCCUGGAGCUCAGGGGAGAUGGCCGGGCAUUACCGACUUCCACGGGGAGUUAAAAGCAUGGAGUUGAGUGAGAGGCGGCACUCAUAGUGUGCAAAGGGAAGAGAACUAAAGACAGAGUUUGAGGAAACAUCAGUAGGUAACGGAGAGGUUGAGCGAGGGAAAUCUGAGAAGGAGGCCGGGUAGGAGCACUUUCUAGGAAAGAGAGACGCCGCCCAAGCCAAGGAAGCAGUGGUGGAGGGCAGCAGAGAGGUCUGGGAGAGGCCCGGCAGAGGCCAGGCAAGAGCCCACACUGCCUGCUAAGAGAGAUCCCCAGGAAGCCUGCCUUGCAGAGAAAAAGGGUCAGGGACUUCGGUGCCAUGGGAAAAACCAUCUUAGACUUUUACCUGCGAUUACUCUAUAUGAGGCUAUAUAAGCAUAGGAUCUUGAAGUGAGAUUAUCAUCAAAAAGGAAGAGCCUACAAUGCCCUGAGUUUCAGCAGGUGGGGGGAAACAGCUCUGAGGGUGGCGGUUCUGGUUUUCACAUUAUUUGAGCAGAGCUGGGAAAGAGCCUGGGCCCUGGCACCUGGUAGGCCUGCAUUCAAAACUCCAGCCCUUCACAGAUUAAGCUGUGUGAAUACCUGGAAAAGCUUUUGUUUUCUUUUUCUUUUUUUUUUUUUUUUUUUUACUUUUCUGAGUCAUUUCUUUUUAUAAAGGGAAAGGUCUUUGGAUAGUUAACACAUGAAACAUGUUAGUGGUACUCAGCAAAUGGUAACCUGUGUCACUCUGUCCCCUCUGACUCCCAUCAAGUCAGGUGCAGAACUACCCUCGUGCAUCUCCAGGUCACUGACAGAUAUGUGUGAGUCUAGUCCUGUGAACCUGACUUCUGUGUAAAUACCACAUAGCUACCCUCCCUGCCCCCCCCAAAUUGGCUUAAGACAGAUCUGUGGGAAUGAAGUGAGUUGCAAUAAUGAUAAAUAUACCCUUAAAUAUGGGGUAGAGUGAAACUAGGCACACCGUCCAUGGGUCAUCCUCAACAUUUGAAGCAUGGUGAGAGCUGAUGGUACUCACACACUUAGGCAUCACUGCUGUCACAGGACAACAGAUUUCCCUGUGUCCUAAUUUUUUUUUUUUUUUAUCAAGAUAGGUUAAAGAAUAACUCCACACAUAACAACUGCCUACCAACAAGAAGUUCUGUAUGCCAGGCAUUAUAUUCACUUUUGCAGGCCUGCUUGUCAGAGUCAAACUGGAAUGGAUUUGGCGGUGAAAAUACUGGGUUAGGAAUGAGCCAAGGGUUUUGGUACAUAGAAGGAAACGUUUAGGGAUUAUAAAGUAGUGACAAAGCCAAUAAUUUGGAGGUCCACCUGGGAGCCCAUAGGUGCAAUCUGGCCUGCAGACUUACUUUGUUUGGCAUACACAGUGAUUUUUUUAACAUUUGAGGCCAUUGCCAACAUUGAAAUACCCAGGAAUUCUAUACUG